AUGGACCCGAAAAACGUCCAGGCGAUCCUGGCAAACAACUUUGGGACCUUUGACCUUGGCCCGCAGAGAGCAGGCAUGUUUUGGCCGAUGCUUGGAAAUGGAAUCUUCACGCAGAGCGCGAAGGACUGGAAGCACUCUCGGGAGCUCAUGCGGCCGCAGUUCACCCGGGAUCAAGUGAGCGACCUGGACCUUGAGGAGCAACACUUGCAAAACAUGAUGAGCGCGCUGCAUGACAGAAUACAGCCUGAUGGCUGGACGAACCUGGUCGACCUGCAGGUCCUGUUCUUCCGCCUCACGCUCGACUCUGCGACCGAGUUCCUGCUCGGCGAGUCGGCGGACUCGCAGCUGCAGAAUAUCCCCGGGUACAGCAAGAAGCUCAACUCGGCAGAGGAUAUCCACAACAUCGACUUUGCCUUUCACUUCGACAGGGGCCAAGCCGGACUUGCCACGCGCGUUCACUUUGGGCCGCUGUACUGGAUCUACAGCUCGGCCCCGUUCCGUGAGUCGGUCAGGCAGUGCAACAUGUUUAUGGAUCACUACGUCAAGCGCGCUCUCAACAAGGACCUGCGCGAGAAGACCGUCGAGCAGCACGGCAAGCCAAAGUACGUCUUCCUGGACGCCCUGGCGGAGCAGACGCAGGACCCCAUCGAGCUGCGCUCGCAGCUGAUGCACAUCCUACUCGCGGGCCGCGACACCACCGCCUCGAUGCUGGGCUGGCUGUUUUUCCUGCUCGCGCGCGACCCAGCACGCUACAAGAAGCUGCGAGACAUCGUCAUUGAGGAGUUCGGGCCCUUUGCCCGUCCCAAGGAGAUCACCUUCGCUCGCCUCAAGGCCUGUCAGUACCUGCAGCAGUGCAACAACGAGACCCUGCGCUUGUACCCUGUAGUGCCCAUCAACAGCCGCUGGGCCUACAAGGACACCGUGUUGCCCACGGGCGGCGGGCCCAACGGCACAGACCCGGUCUUUGUGCCCAAGAACUCGGCUGUCGACUACUGUGUCUACGUUACGCAGCGCCGCAAGGACAUCUGGGGUCCUGAUGCGGACGAGUUCAGGCCGGAGCGGUGGGAGGGCCGCAAGGUCGGCUGGGAGUAUCUUCCCUUCAAUGGAGGGCCUAGAAUUUGUCUAGGCCAGCAAUUCGCCCUGGCCGAGUCGAGCUAUGUGACCGUGCGGUUGCUGCAGCGGUUUGAUGCAAUUGAGAACCUGGAAAGGGACCCCGUGCGCAAGCAAAACCUUACGUUGACGAGCUGCAGCGCGAACGGCGUCAAAGUCAAGAUGCACGCGGCCUCUGAGUGA